AGGUUGUUUCCCUCCAUUUCCAUCCAGACCACUCCCCCCUGGCUCCCAACGUUCACCGCUAUUCUCUUGUAUCGGUGGCGCUGUUCCUGUGACCGCAUUAUCAUUUCCCUAGGCCCCGACUUCUGGGUUUGGAGUUCUUGCUAUUCUGUGUAGUUGUGCCCUGCCUUUGUGGUUCGGUGUUCUGCUGCUGAAUUGUCGAGUGAAGACGUAAUUGCUUGCAACUUGGGGAUUCUUGAGUGUCGGUUUGAGCUCGCUUCGUGUCUGCUUCUUCCGAUUGGAUGAGUUAUUGUCCAAUUGCUAUUUUGGCGGGCUGAGUUUGUCGUGGAAGGUUGUCAACGUUGCCCGGCUUCUGCAUCUGCAAUUGCAAUGCGGCUGCGGGAGAGGUCACAGGUGGAUUACACCAAUCGUGUAUUUGUUGACAUUGAUCUUGAUUCUAAAGGUCCGCUAGUCACCAGAGAAGGUGCUUCGGCCAGUAGGAUGAUUAGUCCUGGGGUGUUUGAUGAGAUCGAGCAAUCUGAUAGUGAAGACAGCUUCGGUGGUGACAAGCCUGAAGCAAUUUCCGACGAUUCAUCAAACUUAGAUGACGAUGUCCCUGUUGCGACGAAGAUACACACCGGGCGGUUGCGUCGCAGGAAGCUGAAAGCGGGGCGACUUGCGGAAGGGCGAGGUGAAGGUGAUGAUAUAGCUGGAGGCACCAGGACAAAGGCCAAGAAACCUGCUUCCAAAGACUUGUUAUUGAAAUAUCUUCAACCCAAUGUCAGCAAUGUUGAGGAUCGGCCCAGUCGGGUGAAUUUGGGGAGUGAUAGUGAAGACGCAUUUGAAGGAGCUCCCCCGUUGCUACAAGCAGGACGUAGAAAGAGGAAAGUGGUGGCGCAACCUAGAGGAAAUAGUGUGCCAUUGUCCAGCGAUGAUGAUGGUGGCGAUGAUAGGCCAUUGAAGAGAUGUCCCAUGAAACUCAGUAAUGGCUCGUCGAUCGCAAGAUUCUCUUCUCGUCCUGCACGACAGAGCGUUUUGAGCUAUAAGGAUCAUUCCUCAAGUGAUGACGAACAAUUCGAACCACUCGGUGCUGUCUCAAAAAGUCAAGAUCAGCUUGGAGCAUUUUCAGACGCCCAAGACGAGGAAAUGCAAGAUGCUAGUGAUAAAGACUUGGUAGAUUUCGGGGCUUAUGCAUUUAAAAAGGAGGAUAAUGGAACCAAAAGAAAACUAUCGACUAAAACAUUAUGCAAGGAGAAAACUGCCAAUGACAGGACUCGGCGUUUACGCAAUCUCAGCAAGCCUGCUAGCUCGAAGGGUAUCUCUUCAGAUAUGCACCAUAGUGUUGAAGCUAGUAAGCUUCGUGAAGAGUCCCUUCCUGGACAGCGGCGUCCAUUACGUGAGUAUAGUAUCAGAAACUUGAAAGAUGCCUCCUCUUCCGAUGAAAGCGGACCAGCAGGUCUUGAAACCAGCAAAGUGGAUGCCGUCUCCAAGUGGAAGCCUCGACGAUGGUUAGAGGGAUGUGAUGGUGAGACACAGCACUGCAGUGAAGCGCAAGAUGAAUCAACGUCACCAGUAUUAGAUCGUCUUGAGGCUGAGCAACCUGUUAUGCUCAAUAUUGGAGUAUAUGGCAUUGAAAGGGACGAGGGUCCAGCCGCUGUCGCAAAGCGAAUUGGACGGGUGGAAAAGAUCUUGUCAGCUAGGAAGGAUGGUGACUCCUCCCUGAUCUUCACUGUGAAAGAGUACGGUAAAAGCUACAGAGAUGUGGUACAUGUAAACGAGAGCACCCUUUUGAAGCACUGCCCUCAGCUCAUCCGGAACUUUUUGAAACGGUUAGCUCAACUAGGACGAGUUGAUGGUCACUGUUCAGAUCGGCCGGACAGUCCAGCAUUUGAUCCCCUCUUCACCAAAAUUGAUCGGAUUAUAGCUCAUGAAGUUCAGAAGAAGAAAAAGGUUUAUCUUGUGAAAUGGUGUCGGCUUCCAUACACGGAGGUCACCUGGGAGAAGGAAGAGAAAUUGUCAGGUGAUAGACUGGCUAUUUCUCGUUACUACCAAAUCAACAAAGUGCCCUCUCCAUCGAACUCGUCCGGGAAAUCUAUUCAGAAGCGGUUUAGGGACGGGCGUGUGCUAAGGAACUACCAAGAGGAAGGCGUUACCUGGCUCGACCACAAUUUUGAGAAUCGCACCAACUGUGUCCUUGCAGACGAAAUGGGUUUGGGUAAAACUAUUCAGUCUGUCGCAAUGUUGGAGACGCUGCGUUGCAAGCGAAACUUGCGGGGACCAUUUUUGGUUAUUGUUCCUGUCUCAACGCUUGGACAUUGGCAACGUGAGAUUGAGUCACUGACUGACAUGAAUUGUAUAGUGUACUCUGGCACCCAAGACGAUCGGGAUAUAAUUCGCCAAUACGAGUUCAACUUUGCUAGUAACUCCAAGGCACUCAAAUUUAAUGUACUUUUGACUAGUUUUGAGAUGUUGAUGCGGGACCAGAACAAGCUUGCCAAGGAGACAUGGCAGUACAUAAUUGUCGAUGAAGCGCACAGGUUGAAAUCUAGAGUCUCGAAAACUACGCAGGCUCUCCGACAAUUGAAAGUCAGGAAGGGUGGCCUUCUACUCCUCACAGGCACCCCUGUCCAAAAUAACACGAAAGAGAUCUUUAGCCUGCUGAACCUGUUAGAUCCAGAGAAGUUCAACUCUGAGGAGGACUUUCUGGAGAAGUAUGGUGAGAUAGAAGAUGCCGAGCAGAUCAAGGAUUUACAGGAGAACAUACUCAGGCCCCGACUAUUGAGACGAAUGAAGGAAGACGUUGAGAAAAGCAUACCUCAGAAAGAAGAGACUAUCGUGUGGGUGGAGCUCACAAAGGAUCAAAGACUUUUCUACAAGGCGAUUCUUGAGAACAACGUUGCAAGCUUGUUGAAGGGUUCUAGCACUAGUAACUUGCCCAAUCUAAGAAAUGUGGCAAUGGAACUUCGGAAAGUUUGCAAUCAUCCGUUUCUUUGUGAUGGGCUUGAGGACAGCCUGACUGCUAAACUUAGAUCGAAUGCUAACGACUCAAAUGCUUCUGGGAACUUACUUCAAAAUAGUUCGGGGAAAAUGAUACUCGUCGACAAACUUCUGCCUAAGCUUAAAGAUGCAGGUCGGCGCGUGUUAAUUUUCUCGCAGUUCACAAUCAUGCUCGAUUUACUGGAGGAUUACAUGAUCAUGAAGGGGUACUCUUAUGAAAGAAUUGAUGGGAAGAUCCGUGGAUCUGAAAGACAGGCCGCAAUCGACCGCUAUUCUGCUAAAGACAGCGACAUCUUCGUCUUCUUACUUUCUACUCGUGCUGGUGGCCUGGGGAUUACCCUUACUGCUGCAGAUACGUGUAUCAUUUACGAUUCUGACUGGAACCCCCAAAAUGACUUGCAAGCUAUGGCAAGAUGUCACAGAAUUGGCCAGACAAAGGAUGUAAAAAUUUAUCGUCUCAUCACUAGGAACACUUACGAGGAGCGGCUAUUUGAGUGCUCAUCACGCAAGUAUGGUCUGGACGAAGCUAUCCUUGGAAAUCGCGUAGGCGCAGAUGUUAACCUUGACCAUGAUAAGCACAUUGAAAGCUUGCUCAAGCACGGAGCUUACGACAUAAUGAAGGACGGGGGAGAUGAAGCUGCCGCAGAGUUUAACGCCCAAGAUAUUGACCAGAUAUUGGAGCAAAGGACACAACAAAGACAGAUUGGGGGACGUGGCAACAAUACUUUUUCUGUUGCGACAUUCAAAACCAAUCCAGAGGUGGAUGCUGUAGCAGAGUCUGAGCAGGACUCAAAAUGUUUUUGGCAAGGAUUGAUGCCUGAAGCUUGUGAUAGGACGAUGGCAGAGGCUAUAGCUGCUGAAGUACCUACCGAUCUCCAUCCCGGGGGUUUACGGAAGAGAACUCGCGGUCGUGUUAAUUAUCGCGAGAAUGCCCGGUCUUUGGAGGAUAGUAGCUCGGAUGAGAUGGAUGAUGGUAUGAAAUCUAAGAAAGCUGGAAAUGAAAAUGAUGCUUCUUUUUCUUCAGAUCUGGAGAGCUCUGAAGGAAACGGGACCCACAUCAAUUAUUGGUCCGAGAAGGAACUCAAGCGGCUUGAAGAUCGAUUUUUUGCCCUUGGGAGGGAUCGAACUGAGCAAAUACGGGAAGAAGCUCGGUUGGAGCAUCGCAGUCCAGAGGACAUUGAUGAAAUUUCCAACAUCUUGGUUGAGUUGUGCCAGAGUUACGUAGGCGCUAAUGCUCUACUUUACUCAACUGUAGAGGAUCCAACUUCAACUAAUGCCGAGCCUCGUAACUGUACUGAAAUGGGAGAGCAGCCGAAACUUCAGCCUUUGGUUUUGCCAGCUUCUGUACGGAAAGUCUUGGAGUCUCAAGCAUGCAAGGACCGAAUCCAAAGGAAUGCCCAACGAUAUUUGCAGCAAUUGCAUGAACGCAAAGUACUGGCUGAGGCUCUUCAGAUUCGAGCCUUUGAUUUCAUGGACAUGCCACAGAGGUCAAAGAAACUCCCAAAUUGGUGGGGCCUCAAAGAAGAUGCAGACCUGUUGAAGGGGGCUCACAUUCACGGCCACAAAGACUUCAAAAAGAUAAGGAUGGACAGCAAUCUUUCUUUUGUAAACCGUACUGGACAAAUUUCGGAAUCAAAGAAUGGAGAGCAGGUUCAAGAGAGCAUGCCUUCGGAUCAAGUACUGGGAUCAAGGCUAAAGACCUUGAUUGAGUCACUUCCCAAUGGAUUAACUGAUCACGCUCUGAAGAAACGGGCAAGCAGGGCUGAGGCCUCUCGCAAGUCUAAAAUGAAGACUGACCAAGGGAAAUCUGACGAGGCAAAGAAGUUACAGCCUAUCAUGAAUGACAAGAAUUUAGCCGAGUGGGUCACAUCUUCGAUAAUCACUGGUGGGAAGGCAGAAUCUAUCAAGGAUCAACCUAUUAGUUCCAAGGCCAAACUGAAGGCUCAAGCCAGGGAAUCUCAGAAGAGGCCGGUUUCAACGUUAAAUUGUCUGCCAGUACUCCCCUUGGAGAUCAUUAAAGUACCUACUAUCACAACUGAGAUCGCACAAUCCACGUUGGUGGACGAGUGCCAAAUUCAGCCUGCUGACCCAGCGACUUCUCCUAGGAAGCCUCUUUCACAAAACAAGCAAAUAGACUUGGAAUCUCAUAAGUCUCCCCAAGCUUUGGUGCUCAAAUCAAAGCAAAAAGCUGGAAACGUCCCACAAGAGAACAAGCCACCAUCAAAGAAGAGGAAAUUAUCACUUUCUCAUACCGCGGGGAAGAGUCCCAAGGAAAGUUCCUGUAGACAACUAUCACUGAAGUCGUUCAUGAAGUCAUUGCCAGUGCAGUAACAGGAGGCAUUUUUGCAGUGUACCAUUACGUUUGCCUCUUUUAUAUCACGGAUUCAAGUAAUUUUAAAAUUAGACCUUCGUUUUAAUCACAUUAGACUUUUGGUAGGCCCUGCGCCUAUUUUCGGAUGUAAAAUUCUAGUUAGCAUAGGCAUGAUCGAUGUAGAACUGGUUGCGUAUAUAACAUCUUGAUUGAAUUUUGUACAUAAAUUUGUUAAUGGAGCGUGCUAUUACCUACAGCAUCGCGGAAAUUUUAUGUAAGAUAUAA